AUGGACCGGGAUCGAGGCGCAGUGCAGUCCGGCAGUAUCUCCUGCAGCGGCGAUACCGACAUUGGCGGCUUUGGAGCGUUCAACGAGACAUGCACCUACACAUGCAAUGCUGGCCUGUCACUUGUCGGCAUCCAGUCUCAGACCUGUCUUGCCAACUCGCAGUGGUCGGGUGUGGAGAGUCCGUUCUGCUCGGCGUUCUCCAUCAACAGCUCGUUUGUGAGCGACGUCGUCGACAUGGUGUCCAUUGAGGCAGGGUCUUCGCUCACGGUGCGAUUCUUAGUUCGCGAUGACAGUGGCAAUGCGGUAGUCUCGGGUGUCGACGUGCCGCUCGUCCGCAACGCAGCCGAUGGUGUCGAUCUCAUCUUGACAUCUCAGUACCUGGGGGACGGAGAGUAUAGCGUGACGUUUCUGCCGCCGACGCGCGCAGGCAGCCACGCCGUCGAAUACGGACUCAACAAUCUGCUCUUUUUCUCGGGCACUCAGUCUUCGACAGUCAUCGUGGUGCCUGGUCCGGCUUCAGGGUCGCGCAGUACGCUGGUGACUGAAGUCGGCGCCAGUGGAGUGCUCGAGCUGGAGACCUCGGUGGCAUCCACCUUCCGCAUCGCCCUCAAGGACAACUACGACAACAUGGUGAGCCAAGUGCCGAGCAUAGAUGCUGUGCGGGUGACAAUCAAUCGUGGCAUCGAGACGUUCCCUGUCAACGCCAGGCAGUUCGAGGGCCUGCAGCUCGUCUUUGACGUCCUAGUCGAGAACGGUGGCACGUACACGCUCUCGGUCCGGAUCAACGACGACGAUAUCAUCGGCUCGCCAUUUGUCCUCUCUGCCUCGACCACAUGUCUUCCGGGCAGCCGAGUGCUCGACGGCACGUCGUGUGUUGCAUGCUCGCCCGGAUCGUACUCGGAUACCAUCAACGCAGUGACAUGCACCGGAUGCCCGGCAUUCACCACAGCCGGCACCGGCGCGAGCUCGUGGCGCAACUGCUCGUGCCUGCCGCUCUUCUGGUUUGGGAGUGGCGACCGGUCCGCAGAUCGCGGGUGCGAGCCGUGUCCCAUCGGCGCCGAGUGCGCUGGUGGCAAGGAAGCGCCGCAGCCGGCGCCGGGCUACAGUGAGCAGGAUGGCUCGUUUGUGCUGUGUCCACGCCCGUCGGCAUGUGCAGGCUCGGGGCGGUGCGCGCAGGGCUACUCCGGCUCGUUCUGCACCACCUGCAGCGACGGGUACUAUCGGACAAGCGAUGGCGCGUGCAAGGCGUGUCCGCCAAACCCUGGAGGCGUGUUUGCGGCUGUGGUCAUUGCCCUCGUGGCGCUGUCGAUGGUCGGUGCGGUGUUUGUGGCCUGGGUGGUGAUGCGAUCGCUCGAGGCGACGAAUGCGGGCGAGCACGGGCAGAAGCACAUCAUUGCGUUCCGGAUGCGGACGAUUCCAGUCUCGAUCUCCAUGUCGCUGGUGGCCUUCCAGAUUGUGAGCAUCUUUGCCGAGUCGAACUUGAAGUGGAGCGACUCGUCACAGCGGGUGCUCUCGGUCUUUUCGGCCUUCAACAUCAACGCCAACGUGGUAGCGUCCGAGUGCGCUGUGACCUCGUUCCACAAGAUGUAUGCCCUCUCGAUCGCCAUUCCCUUUAUCAUUGUCGGCCUUGUCAUUGCCAACAUGAUGGUUCUCAAGGUCCUAGGUACGGCUGUGGAACGGCUGGCGCCGCUUCGCGCCGUCCCCAUCCGAUCGCUGGUCGACGCAGUGCUCUUCCUCGUUGCGCCGCUCCUCUACAUCCCGCUCUCGCAGUCAUCGCUUGCGCUCUUUGACUGCUCGCAGCUGCCUAACGGGCAGUACGUGCUGGACGCUGACACGGGCGUGGUGUGCUUUGACGACGCGUGGUGGGCAAUCGUGCCGUUUGGUGUCGUCGCCAUCCUCAUCUACGUCAUCGGCGUCCCGGUCUACUUUGGCAUCACCCUCUUCCUCCACCGGCUCACCCUUUUCUCGCCGCAUACCACGGCACGAUUUGGCUCGCUCUACCGCAACUGGCGGCGGGCGUACUACUGGGGCGAGAUUGCUAACCUCUUCAAGCGGCUGGCCAUCGUCGUCAUCACCACCAUGUUCUCCAAGCACCAGCUGGUCCUUAUCGGCAUGCUCCUUCUCAUCCUCGGCUCGUCGGUCUACAUCUUUGUCCGCAUCCGCCCGUACUACGUCCCGCUUUACAACGAGGUCGAGACUCGGCUCUCCAUCGCCGUCAUCGCCAUCCUUCUUCUCGGAUCGGCCUCGUACGCCGAGCGUACUAGCUCAGCGAGCGAGAUUGCGCUCUUUGUCUCUGUCAUCAUCGCCAUCAUCGCGCUCUGUGCCAUUGCCGUCCACUCGAUCGCCAUGGACAUCCUAUCGGUCUACCGCGAGCGCAAGCGCGGCGAGCUUCCGGCGGCCGAGCGGCAGAAGGGUCUCAUGAACGUCAUCACUGCAGAGCUCAAGGAUGUCGACGCUGACCCCGCCGUCCUCCGCUCAGCUGGAGAGUUCCUCGCCACCCUUGAUGCUGCGCACCACGCAAAGUCGACCCAUCGCGAGCGGUCAUCAUCGGUGGACCUCGGCCAAAUCGGCGAGGUUGAGCUCGACACCCUGGACGGUGCUCAGCUUGUUUAA